GCGCCAUUCGAUUGUGGAAAAUGCCACCAGAUGGCGGUUUAGGAUUGCUGCUCUUCUGAGAGGCGCGGUUCCGUUCGUGGUCCAAUUUCUUUUAAAAAAUAUUUGUAGUUUGAAAAAUUAUUUUUGCAUUUUGCUUUCGGAAAGUGAUUAACGGGACAAUAAUGGAUGCCACACAUUGUGUGCUAUGACUUUUUGUGGCUCGUUUGAAUGCAUCAGAAGGCCAGCUGUUCCUAAUCUGCAGCUUUUCUGGUGCUUGCUGAAGACAUACCGGUUGAAACGCAGCCAUUACCGGUGCUUAGUGGUGAAAGAAGACCCAAUUCCCCAUUAACACACCACAUCCCUGAGGUGGAGUACGUUUGAGACAUCACAUUUCAGACAUGAUUACCUCAGAGCUACCAGUUUUCCAUGCAGUCCACAAGUUGAGCUCACACAGACAAGAGUCGGAGGAGGACAAUUCAUGUGCAGCUUCAAGGAGUCUGCUAACGAAUCGGGCCAGCCCGAGACGGUCAGUCUGAGCAUGAGCGUCAGUGAACUGGAGGACACCGGAGAGGUCAAGGGGAAGAAGAAGAGGGGGAGACCCGGGAGACCACCAUCAGCCAAUAAGAAGCCUCGAAAGUCUCCUGUGGAGAAGGGGCAACCCGGGCCCCCCCGCGGGAGGAAAGCCAAUGGUGUGACCCAGCAGAAUGGGGAAGGAGAUCCAGUCACGCUAUUCGAGGUGGUCAAACUGGGCAAGAGUGCUAUGCAGGCUGUAGUGGAUGACUGGAUUGAGUCGUACAAACUGGACCGUGACAUUGCACUGCUGGACCUCAUCAACUUUUUCAUCCAGUGCUCUGGGUGCAAAGGCACUGUGAGAAUCGAGAUGUUCCGCAACAUGCAGAAUGCAGAGAUUAUCAGGAAAAUGACAGAAGAGUUUGAUGAGGACAGUGGAGACUACCCCCUCACCAUGCCUGGUCCACAGUGGAAGAAGUUCAGGUACAACUUCUGCGAGUUCAUUGGGGUUCUGAUCCGGCAGUGCCAGUACAGCAUCAUUUAUGACGAAUACAUGAUGGACACGGUCAUCUCGCUGCUGACUGGGCUGUCCGACUCCCAGGUCCGAGCCUUCCGGCACACCAGCACUCUGGCAGCAAUGAAGCUCAUGACUGCUUUGGUGAAUGUGGCCUUGAACUUGAGCAUCAACCAGGACAACACGCAGCGGCAGUACGAAGCGGAGAGGAACAAGGUUGCAGGGAAGAGGGCCAACGAGAAGCUGGAGCUGCUGUUGGACAAGAGGAAGGAACUCCAGGAAAACCAAGAUGAAAUUGAAAACAUGAUGAACUCCAUCUUCAAGGGCAUUUUCGUUCACCGCUACAGAGAUGCGAUAGCGGAAAUCCGGGCCAUCUGCAUAGAAGAGAUUGGUGUGUGGAUGAAAAUGUACAGCGAUGCCUUUCUGAACGACAGCUACCUGAAAUAUGUGGGGUGGACGCUCCACGACAGGCAAGGUGAAGUGAGGCUCAAGUGUCUGAAAGCCCUUCAGAAUCUGUACACCAACCGAGAACUCUUCCCCAAGCUGGAGCUCUUCACUAACCGCUUUAAGGACCGUAUUGUCUCCAUGACUCUGGACAAAGAGUAUGACGUGGCUGUCGAAGCCAUCCGACUGGUGACCCUAAUCUUGCAAGGCAGCGAGGACGCCCUUUCUAACGAGGACUGCGAGAACGUUUACCACCUGGUGUACUCCGCCCACCGCCCUGUGGCGGGCGCAGCGGGAGAAUUCCUCCAUCGCAAGCUGUUCAGCAGACACGACCCCCAGGCAGAGGAGGCUCUGGCCCGGCGGAGGGGGAGAAACAGUCCGAACGGGAACCUCAUCCGCAUGCUGGUGCUCUUCUUCCUGGAGAGCGAGCUGCACGAGCACGCGGCCUACCUGGUGGACAGCCUGUGGGACAGCUCCCAGGAGCUGCUGAAGGACUGGGAGUGCAUGACUGAGCUGCUCCUGGAGGAGCCUGUGCAGGGAGAAGAGGUUUUAGCGGACCGGCAGGAGAGUGCCCUGAUCGAGCUGAUGGUGUGCACCAUUCGGCAGGCAGCUGAGGCUCACCCCCCCAUCGGCAGGGGGACAGGGAAGAGGGUGCUGACGGCCAAGGAGCGCAAGACUCAGAUGGACGACAGAAACAAACUGACAGAGCACUAUAUCAUGGCUCUACCCAUGCUGCUUUCCAAGUAUCAAGCAGACUCGGAAAAAGUGGCAAACCUGCUUCAGAUCCCACAGUUCUUCGACCUGGAUGUGUACAGUGCUGCCAGGAUGGAGAAGCACCUGGAUGCCCUGCUGAAGCAGAUCAAGUUUGUGGUGGAGAAGCACACUGACUCGGAGGUGCUGGAGGCCUGCAGCCGCACCUACAGCAUCCUGUGCAGCGAGGAGUACACCAUCAUGAACCGUGUGGACAUUGCCCGCAGCCAGCUCAUCGAUGAGCUGGCCGACCGCUUUGCACUGUCCUUGCAGGACCUGCUGCAGGAGGGGGAAGAGGCGGACGACGACGACAUCUACAAUGUGCUCUCCUCCCUCAAGAGGCUCACAGCCUUCCACAACACACAUGACUUGACAAGGUGGGACUUAUUUGGGAACUGCUACCGGCUGUUGAAGAUCGGGAUAGAACAGGGCUCCAUGCCAGAGCAGAUUGCCGUUCAGGCUCUGCAAUGCUCGCACUACUCCAUCCUGUGGCAGCUAGUCAGGAUCACAGAAGGCUCGCCAUCCAAGGAUGACCUCAUCGCUCUGAGGAGGGUAGUCAAGUCGUUCCUGGCCGUAUGCCAACAAUGCCUCUCAAACGUCAACACUCCGGUCAAAGAGCAGGCCUUCAUGCUGCUGUGCGACCUCUUGAUGAUCUUCAGCCACCAGCUGACCACCGGGGGGCGGGAGGGCCUGCAGCCGCUGGUCUUCAACCCCGACGGCCCGCUGCAGAACGAGCUCCUCACCUUCAUCCUUGACCACGUCUUCAUCGACCAGGACGAGGAAAACCAGAGCAUGGAGGGUGACGAAGAGGACGAGGCGAAUAAGAUCGAGGCAUUGCAUAAGAGAAGGAACCUGCUGGCUGCCUUCAGCAAGCUCAUCAUCUACGACAUCGUUGAUAUGCCUGCCGCCGCCGACAUCUUCAAACACUACAUGAAGUACUACAACGAUUAUGGUGACAUCAUCAAGGAGACACUGAGUAAGACCAGACAGAUCGACAAGAUCCUUUGCGCCAAGACCCUGAUCCUCAGCUUACAGCAGCUCUUUAACGAGCUCCUGCAGGACCAGGGGCCCAACCUGGACCGCACCUCGUCCCACGUGAGCGGGAUCAAGGAGCUGGCUCGCCGAUUCGCCCUCACCUUUGGCCUGGACCAGAUCAAGACCAGAGAGGCUGUGGCCACGCUGCACAAGGACGGAAUUGAGUUUGCCUUCAAAUAUCAGAACCCGAAAGGGCCGGAGUUCCCUCCUCCGAAUCUGGCUUUUCUGGAAGUGCUUUGCGAGUUCUCGUCCAAACUCCUGCGGCAGGACAAGAAGACGGUUCACUCGUACCUGGAGAAGUUCAUGACGGAGCAGAUGAUGGAGCGGAGGGAGGAUGUGUGGCUGCCGCUCAUCGCCUACAGGAACUCCCUGCUGACGGGCGGAGACGAGGACCGCAUGUCCAUCAUCAGCGGCAGCAGCAGCAAGACCGGCUCAGUCCGCAGCAAGAAGGGCCGGCCGCCCCUGAACAAGAAGAAGAUAGAUGAGGAGAAUGUGGAGGGCUCAUGGCUGGUGAGGAACGACACUCUCCCCACACCGGGCGCAAUGCACACACCUCAGCUCACCUCCACCGUCCUGAGAGAGAACCCCCGCCAGGCACCCCAGCACCUCCCCGACCAGGACUCCGAGCCCAGCUCCGAGCCGGACUACAUGCACAAUCCACAGAUGCAGAUGUCCUGGCUGGGACAGCAGAAACUGGAGGAGGUGAACAGAAAGGACAGAGCCAAUAUGAAUUACAUGAAGGCCAGGACUGCAGGAGUCCGACAAACUGUCCGGGGUCUCAUGGAGGAUGAUGCAGAACCGAUAUUUGAAGACGUGAUGAUGUCAUCCCGUGGCCAGCUGGAGGACAUGAAUGAGGAGUUUGAGGACACCAUGGUCAUCGAUCUGCCACCGUCCAGAAACAGACGUGAGAGGGCGGAGCUGAGACCAGACUUCUUUGAUUCUGCAGCCAUUAUAGAAGAUGACUCGGGGUUUGGAAUGCAGAUGUUCUGAAGAAGAUGCUGAAGGUUCCUUGAAAAAAGACUGAUUGAUAUUGGGGUUUUUUUGGGGGGGGGGGGGGAUCGCAGCAAUUGUGGCCUUCAUGCUGUGACAACUGCUUAGGAUGUUUGAAAAAAGAGAUAAAUUUUAUGUGGGAAAGAAAGGGAGAAGCUGACAGUGAUGCAGUUGAAAUGUAAAAGAGGGAUGGGGACUCCAGUGGAUCCCCUCCCCCGCCCUUCCUCCCCCCACCACCAAAUAAAAAAACUUACAAUUUUACAAGUGCAUCCCCCCAGAGGAGGGGAGCGAGGUGUGGGCCCCCCUGUUAUGCGACUGCAUUCUCUGACACCCCUUUCAUCUCAAUAUUUUUUUAACGAUUUAAGAAGUCAUAGCCAUGAAAGAAGGGAAAAAAACUAAGUUUUAAACUUAUGCCUCUCAUUAGCGAACUGACAGAGACGAACAGCAAGGCAUUGCAUUUUGUUCAUUUAACCUUUUUAUAAUAGGGAAACCAUGCCCUUCCCCAAACAGUCUGAUGUACCCUUUUAUCCUUGAUGGAUUUCUAAUCAUUUUAUUUAAUUUUUUACACUGGAAAAUAGAAAUAUCAAGAUAAAAAUAAAAAUGCCCGUGCCCCCAAAAUAAAGUGUUCAUAUUGUAGCGUGAUGUGUUCGAUGCACAAAAAAAUACUGUUGUCUGUUGUAGGGUGUUCACAGUUUGUCCAGCGCUUUGAUUGUGUAGUUGGUGAAAUAAUUAGAGAUUGGUGAAAAAAUUCAGAUACGUCUGCAAUAUUGCAGCAACUUUUGCCUGUUAAGGAUGUUGCACGACAAAUGGUAACUGCUUCAAGUUAUCAAAGGGGACGGACGAUAAGUAAUUAUUUGCUAGAAUUCAUUUAUUUGUUGGGGGAAAAACACUGUAAUGCCAGAGGAUACUGGGUAGCAUGUAUGUUUUCGGAUUCAGGGAAAAUAUUCCUGGGAAAAGGACAGGGACUUUGUUAUAUUUCCACCCAGUUCUCAAGCUCAAGCUUUUUUAAAGAGUACAGCUCACAGAUGAGUUUUUUAUUUCACGCUUUUCACACACUUUUUAUUUUCCAAUGCAGUCACACAGAUCAUCCAACCUGGCUGGCGGGGCGGGGGGGUUGUUGGGUUUGAAAGACAAAUUGUUUUUAAAAAAAAUAUUCAAUAUGAAAUACAUAUAAAAGUUUAGUAGUUUUUAGUAAAAGAUAUUUAAAAUCAAGUGCGAGUGUUAUUUUUGGAUCUGUAUAGCGCUGUACAGCCCUGCAGUCAAAUUGUAGACGAUAUGCCUGUGGUACGCUGCCAGGCCCUCACCAACCUGUGGGCGGGGCCGGGCUGGCCGCAGACAUCCCGAAACCGGAGGUGUCCAAUGGGAGUCCCAGAGGGCCAAAGCGACUGCUUUGCUGUCCCCUUUCAAUCAGCAGCCAGUUUAGUCUUGAAAACAAGGCUCUGGGAUUCUUUAGCCAGCCAAUGCUGGAGAAAACUCAGAUAUGCCAGCGGAUGCUGCAGCCCUCCAGUCCUGGGUUCUGACACCACUGGCCAAAGCGCAGGGGCAUCACGUCGCCACAUUGUGGGGAACUCAUUGUGCCUCUGCAGAAAAUGCACUGCAGUUUUCACAUCUGCGGAAGGUCUGUGUCCUCUCUUUCAUGGAAUGUAACCCUGUAGUCAGUCUGUGUGUUUGCAGGGUGGGGGUUGCCUUUUGGAGGGAGAUUCAAAUAUUCCCCCUCAUCCUCUGAUUUGCUAACUGUAGGCCCACGUUUAAAUACCGGCAUAAAAAAUUGGGGAGCACAUUUUCUUUCUCAGUUUUUUGGCAACAUAGUGCAACAGUUAGGGAUGACUUGUUGUCAAGACAAAUCUGAGCAGCCAGUGGAAUGGGAAAUUUUUUCGGGAAAAGGGCAAAUGCCCCGCAAAGGGACACUCAGACAGCAUCAUAUUGGCAAUGACCCAAAAUCAGAAGAAAUGAUUCAGCUAAUGAUUCUGCCAGAUGAACAAAUCUGUCAGAUUCACAGGGUCCUUAAACCAUUUUGGUUAAUUCAGUUAAAAUGGUUAUUGCAUAGAAAUUGUGCUCAUGGUAGCUGGUAGUCAGAGGUUGCUUGAAGGGUAGCACUUAAAUCCAGACUGCAUUUUACUUCCUGCUUGGUCAUUUGGACUACUGAGAGGUCUAAUGUGUAGGUACUUCCACAAUGAGUUUGAUUCUGUUUGCCAACUGCGAGGUUUUUUAUAUUCAUAGUGUCAACAUAUUUGUUAAUCCUGUAAAUUGUACAUUUUUCAUAUUGAAACAAAAGUGUCUUUUUAUUCGUAAACCUCAAAACGGAUACAUUUGUUUUUUCUUUAAUAAACUGUCUGUUUUGUUUGUUUUUGUGAAUUUAUGAAAAUUGAAAAUUUUUGUUUUUGAAAUAAAAUAUGUAAUCUUU